ACCACAACCCCUUCAGGAGCGAGAGGCUUCGCGGCGGCGCUUGGGGCCGCGCCGGUGCCCUCCGGAGGAGGCUGUCGGCUUAGGGACGACCCUCCCGGCCAUGCUGUGGCGGCGGCGGCCGCUGCUCGAGGAUCAAACAGAACAUACUGAAUCAGCAGGACUGGCUGGUGGUGCGGCAAGCAUCAUGAGUAAGCACAGGGAAGUCUGUUCCAUAUCACGUGUGUAAGGGGAAAAAGCUCUGGAAUCAAUCAUUUCCCCAUGGAACCCUGCUUCCUUUGCAUGGAUAACAUACUUGGAAACCAAAUCUGGUGUGAGGUUUAAACAAGUCUCUUGAGUGGUGUUUCCUCACCGAUGGAGAAUUAUUUCCAAGCAGAAGCUUACAACCUGGACAAGGUAUUAGAUGAAUUUGAGCAAAACGAAGAUGAAACAGUUUCUCCUAUUUUAUUGGAUACCAAGUGGAAUAAGAUUCUAGAUCCCCCAUCUCACCGACUGUCAUUUAACCCCUCAUUGGCCAGUGUGAAUGAACCUGCAGUUUCUAAUGAGUCACAGCCACAACUAAAAGUCUUCUCUCUGGCUCAUUCAGCUUCUUUGACCACAGAGGGAGAGGAUCAUUGUGCUAAUGGACAGGACUAUAGUCUGAAUCCAGAGAUCAGCACAAUGUGGAUCGAUGAAAAUGCCGUUGCAGAAGAUCAGUUAAUUAAGAGGAACUGUAAUCGAGAUGAUCAAUGUAGUACUGUUGAAGUCGGAGAGAAGAAAUGUGGAAACCUAGCUUGUCUGCCAGAUGAGAAGAAUGUUCUUGUCGUAGCUGUCAUGCAUAACUGUGAUAAGAGGACAUUACAAAACGAUUUGCAGGAUUGUAAUAAUUAUAAUAGUCAGUCCCUCAUGGAUGCUUUUAGCUGUUCACUGGAUAACGAAAACAGACAAACUGAUCAAUUUAGUUUUAGUAUAAAUGGGUCCACUGAAAAAGAUAUGAACUCAGAGAAACAAAUAGAUCUGUUGAAGAGAUCAAGUGCAAUGGGGGAUUCUGUUAAACAUACAUGUACUACUUCAUCUGAUAAUCUAGCCAGUGUCUGUUCCCCUUCACAAUUAAAGGAUGAUGAAAAUACAGGUAGAGACCCACCCAUGUCUGUGAUUACAAGUUUAACAAUUGAUUCAAUAGUCUCAUCCCAGGGAACAGAUGAAGGUCCUGCUGCUAAAAAGCAAGAGAACUAUAUACCAGAUGAGAUUCUUACUGGCCAGACCAGCUCUGCUAGGACAGAUCUAGGGAGUCCAAACUCCUUUUCCCACUUGAGUGAGGGGAUUUUGAAGAAAAAAGAGCCAACAGAGGAGAGAACAACUGAAGAAUCUGUCCGAUCUGGUUUACCUUUGCUUCUCAAAACAGACAUGCCUAAUGGGUCUGGAAGGGAUGAUAACUGUGAACAGUUUUCAGAUUGUCUUGUGCCUAGUGAUCUUAGAGCUGACAAAAAGGAAGGUUGUGAACGUGAAGAAAUUCUUGGCAGUACGGAACUUAAUAUGACAGAGCAUUUCUCUGACUCUCAGGAGAUGACUAAUUGGAAAUUGACUAAACUAAAUGAUAUGAAUGACAGCCAAAUAAAUAAAGAAAAUGAGAAGUUUCUGCCAAUGAAUCAGUCUGAGGACAUUUACAAUGAUAGUGGAGGAGAGUGUGAUAGAAUGGCAGAAGCAGGUCUAGAUUUAAAAGGAACUUGCACCAAUGAAAGUGAAGGAUGUGAUUUCUCCACUAUGGAUACACCAGCAGCAAAUUCUCUAUCUAAUUGUGAUUCCUAUGGAAUGCAGAGCCCAGUUGUUUGUUUUGUUCCAAAGACUUUACCCUCCAAAGAAGAUUCAGUAACAGAAGAAAAAGAAAUAGAAGAGAGCAAGUCAGAAUGCUACUCAAAUAUUUAUGAACAGAGAGGAAAUGAAGCCACAGAAGGAAGUGGACUACUUUUAAACAGCACUGGUGACCUAAUGAAGAAAAAUUAUUUACACAGUUUCUGUAGUCAAGUUCCAUCAGUGCUCGGGCAGUCUUCACCCAAGAGAGUAGCAAACCUGCAAUCUAUCAGUGUUCCUUUUGGUGGUGCAAGACCCAAGCAACCUUCUAAUCUUAAACUUCAAAUUCCAAAGCCAUUGUCUGACCAUUUACAAAAUGACCUUCCUACAAAUAGUGGAAAUAAUAUUAAAAACAAAAAUGAUGUUCUUGGGAAAGCAAAAUUAGGGGAGAACUCAGCAACCAAUGUAUGCAAUGCCUCCUUGGGAAACAUCUCUAUUGCUGAUACAAAUGGGGAACAUUUAGAAAGCUAUGAAUCUGGGAUAUCCAGUAGACCGUGCCUUGCUUUAGCUCCAGAAAGCCCAGAUAAUGAUCUCAGAGCUGGUCAGUUUGGAAUUUCUGCCAGAAAGCCAUUUACUACUCUGGGUGAGGUGGCUCCCGUAUGGGUACCAGAUUCUCAGGCUCCAAACUGCAUGAAAUGUGAAGCCAGGUUCACAUUCACCAAAAGGAGGCAUCAUUGCAGAGCGUGUGGGAAGGUUUUCUGUGCUUCCUGCUGUAGCCUGAAAUGUAAACUGUUAUACAUGGAUAGAAAGGAAGCUAGAGUAUGUGUAAUCUGCCAUUCAGUGCUAAUGAAUGCUCAAGCCUGGGAGAACAUGAUGAGUGCCUCAAGCCAGAGCCCUAACCCUAACAAUCCUGCUGAAUACUGUUCUACUAUCCCUCCCUUGCAGCAAGCUCAGGCCUCAGGAGCCCUGAGCUCUCCACCUCCCACUGUGAUGGUACCUGUGGGAGUUUUAAAGCACCCUGGAGCAGAAGUGGCUCAGCCCAGAGAGCAGAGGCGAGUUUGGUUUGCUGAUGGGAUCUUGCCUAAUGGAGAAGUUGCUGAUGCAGCCAAAUUAACAGUGAAUGGAACUUCCUCUGCCGGAACCUUGGCUGUGUCACAUGACCCAGUAAAGCCAGUAACUACCAGUCCUCUACCAACAGAGACGGAUAUUUCUCUGUUCUCUGGGAGCAUAACUCAGGUUGGAAGUCCUGUUGGCAGUGCAAUGAACCUAAUUCCUGAAGAUGGCCUUCCUCCCAUUCUCAUCUCCACGGGUGUGAAAGGAGAUUAUGCUGUGGAAGAGAAACCAUCACAGAUUUCAGUAAUGCAGCAAUUAGAGGAUGGUGGUCCUGACCCACUUGUCUUUGUUUUAAAUGCAAAUUUGUUGUCAAUGGUUAAAAUUGUAAAUUAUGUGAACAGGAAGUGCUGGUGUUUCACAACCAAGGGAAUGCAUGCAGUGGGUCAAUCUGAGAUAGUCAUCCUUCUACAGUGUCUACCAGAUGAAAAGUGUUUGCCGAAGGAUAUCUUUAAUCAUUUUGUGCAGCUUUAUCGGGAUGCUCUGGCAGGAAAUGUUGUGGGCAACUUGGGACAUUCCUUCUUCAGUCAGAGUUUCCUUGGCAGUAAAGAACAUGGUGGAUUCUUAUAUGUGACAUCUACCUACCAGUCACUGCAAGACCUAGUACUCCCAACCCCACCUUACUUGUUUGGGAUUCUCAUCCAGAAAUGGGAAACUCCUUGGGCUAAAGUGUUUCCCAUCCGACUAAUGUUAAGACUUGGAGCUGAAUAUCGACUUUAUCCAUGCCCACUCUUCAGUGUCAGAUUUCGGAAGCCAUUGUUUGGAGAGACGGGGCAUACCAUCAUGAAUCUUCUUGCAGACUUCAGAAAUUACCAGUAUACAUUGCCAGUAGUUCAAGGUUUGGUGGUUGAUAUGGAAGUUCGGAAAACCAGUAUCAAAAUUCCCAGCAACAGAUACAAUGAGAUGAUGAAAGCCAUGAACAAGUCCAAUGAGCAUGUCCUGGCAGGAGGUGCAUGCUUCAAUGAGAAGGCAGACUCUCAUCUUGUGUGUGUACAGAAUGAUGAUGGAAAUUAUCAGACCCAGGCUAUCAGUAUUCACAAUCAGCCCAGAAAGGUGACAGGUGCCAGUUUCUUUGUGUUCAGUGGCGCUCUGAAAUCUUCCUCCGGAUAUCUUGCCAAAUCCAGUAUUGUGGAAGAUGGCGUUAUGGUCCAGAUCACAGCAGAAAACAUGGAUGCUUUGAGGCAGGCACUGCGAGACAUGAAGGACUUCACCAUCACCUGCGGCAAGGCGGACACUGAGGACCCCCAGGAGCACAUCUACAUCCAGUGGGUGGACGAUGACAAAAACGUCAACAAGGGUGUUAUAAGUCCUAUAGAUGGGAAGUCCAUGGAGUCUAUAACAAGUGUGAAGAUAUUCCAUGGAUCAGAGUAUAAAGCAAAUGGAAAAGUCAUCAGAUGGACAGAGGUGUUUUUCCUAGAAAAUGAUGACCAGCACAGUUGCCUGAGUGAUCCUGCCGAUCAUAGCCGAUUGACUGAGCAUGUUGCCAAGGCUUUUUGCCUUGCUCUCUGUCCCCACCUUAAGCUUUUGAAGGAAGAUGGAAUGACUAAACUAGGACUUCGUGUGACACUUGACUCAGACCAGGUUGGCUACCAAGCAGGAAGCAAUGGCCAGCCCCUUCCCUCCCAAUACAUGAAUGAUCUGGACAGCGCUCUGGUGCCGGUGAUCCAUGGAGGGGCCUGCCAGCUCAGUGAGGGCCCCAUCGUCAUGGAACUCAUCUUUUAUAUUCUGGAAAACAUCGCAUAGACUGAGGGGACUUCAUUGUUUUUCUGUUCAGACCUGUUGCAACAGCAGUCAUACCCAAAUCAUUUGCACUUUAGAACUGGAAGAUUAAGCUUUUGUUAACACUAUUAAAUAGGGGGGGUGGGGUGGGAGUGGGGGUUUGGGGGCAGGGGUGGGAGAGGGUGGUUGGGGGGACAGAUGUUCCAUAAUUCUGAGUCUUCUAUGCAUUGUCCACCAAGAAGAUCUGGGCAGCUUCUGUUACUGCACAAGUUAUGCUAUCCUUGCCGCUAACCCCUUCCAUUACUGUAGACAAAAAUCCUGCUCCUCUCUUUUAAGAUUUACUUAUGGUCUUGUGCUCAGAAAUGCUCAAGUGGGUACAACCAUCACCAAGGAUGUGGUUGGGAGGGCAGAGGGGAAAUAAAAAGAAGCAUUGGUCUUGCAAUCUUUGUACAGAAUUGAUAUAAAAAAGGAAACUUCCACACUGAUUCUGUCCCACUUACAUCACAGUGACUUCACUAGAAUUCACACCUAGAUUUUUGUUUUUUAUCAGAUUAUUCACUGAAGUGAAUCAGAGAUCCAGUGGAUCAUCUCUUCCAUCCAAGGAGGGCGACUCAGUGUAAGUGAGGUCACUGGGAUAGCAGAGCUGAUUUCAGGACUGCUCAGCAUCUGCCCGAGUGAAUGGCAGGCAUUGAAGUGGGCCUUUCUGUGAAAACUGACAGAAUACACUCAAGGCAGUUUUAGUUCUACACUAGAGGCAUUUUAAAAAUAUUUUGAGAAAUAAUUUAAACUUUCAAGGAAAUUGCAGAUAAAAUAACCCUACAUACACUUUACCUAGAUUCUCCUAUGUACAUAUUAACAUUUUGUCUCAUUUGCUCUAGCUUUCUCUUUCUCCUUCUCCCUAGACUAAGGCAUUUGAGAAUAAGUUGCAUAUAUCAUAGUCAUAUACUCCUCAAUAAUGUUUAAUUCUUUAAAAAUAAUGUUAUCCUGCAUAACUGCAACUUCAGUCAAUUUAAUAUUAAUAGGAUCUUUGAACCUAGCAUCUGUCCAGUCACAUCCUUCGGAGCAUUUUCUGUCCAGUAAAGCUUCCAGCCUAGGAUCAGACUCAGCAAGUAGCUGCCCUGACUCACCUUUAUGGCAUCAGUAUUUGUGGUGAGUAUAGGUUCCUCCAUCCUAUUUUUUAAUAGAGAAUGCCUCAUUUUGUGCUUUCUCAUAAUUAGAAUCAGUUUGUGCAUUCCUGGCAUUCUUUAGCAGUUAUGCUUGGUCAUCUGUAAGCAAAAGCCCUUCCUCUUCUCCUAUUCAUUCAUUUAAUUUUCCUUGGGGACCCAUGGAUCACUUUUUGAGUAGCUCUAAUUCAUUAUUUUGGUGCUCAAAUGGUCUCAGCUUUGGCCAGAGAGAGCCCCUUCAAGCUAGCUCCUACAUCCUUGUGAUAUGCUCCUACCAUUUUCUUUUUGAACACUUCCUUUUCUGACCUAAGAACAUGUUCUCAGCUUAUCUUGUUUACCCUGCCUCAACUUUCAAAUCAGCCAUGCUUUCUUUUAGUAGGAGUGGCAUCAGAAACCAAAAUACGGUUUACCCUUGAUAUGUGAUCAUUUUCUCUGUUAAAAUCGUUUUUAGUCAUGAACCAAAUGGAUUUCACAGCUUGGUUUGGAAAAUACUGGACUAGGGCAACUCCCUUGUCACUGCCAUCUUCUCGAAGCCCUGGCCAACAGGAGUCAGUCCAUCCCUAAAAGCAUAGCACUAAAAAUCCCCUAGAAGUUAAUGCAGGCCUCUGGGGCAGUGAGAGUCUUUUCCGGCACCUAGAGUUGGGCUUAGCAUUUGGCAGUCACAGGCUGUGGAACUACAACAGAGCAGUUUUCCAAACAGAGGUCCAGAGACCUGGCAUUGUACGUAUGUUCAUCCCUCUUCCAUGGUGGUGGGGGGAGGGAGGAUUCACAUUCUACCCUCUGUCUCUCCAUAAGCUUUGUUGAUGGUAGCUAAAGAGCUCUGUGAUUGUGACCUUUCCCGGAGACUCAGAGGUACUCAGAACUUCUAAGGGAAAAAAAAGCAGAUGCCUAGAGCACACCAACGUGUAAGGACUGAACCCCAGAACCAUCACCCACCAAACCUGACAGAACAGGAAACACUUAAUAGGGGCAUGUGUUUGGGGUAUAACAUCCAGUAUGGUCUACAUAUAUCUUAGAAGUGCAGAGCUUCUACAGGAGCUGGUUCCGUUUUCCUGUGAGAGUUUACCUUCAUGCUCAGUACAUGCUGCAGUUGUAGCUGUUUCUUUUGGAUCAGUGCAAGUUUUUGAAUUCCACUAAGGACAAGCUCUGGCCCUGCAUAGUCAAGGCCAUUCUCAAUUGUAUAAAAUAUCCUUUGUUUAGUAAAAUCAUCUUGUGGAGUUGAGCAUAAAGUUACCGAAGCUGGUUUACUUUUUUCCCUUGUUUUAUCUGUUUCUAUAAAUUAUGUAUUAUAAGAAUGAUAUAAAGUAGAGGGUUGAAACCCCACAUUUCUAAAUAAGUGAAAUAUUUCUAGAACAUAAAGAUUGAGCUAUAAAGCUCCUUACAAAGAAAAUAAUUGCCAGUCUGGUAACUUACUAAAUAUUUAAAAAAUAUUGAUUGAAUUCUUACCAAAUGUUAGGCAAUGUAGGUUCUCCAGGUAUUUUUAUCAACACAUUCUGAGCACCUGUUGGUCUCCAGGGCUACAGAAAUAUGGGACUUUGUCCUGUGUAGGCUCCCAUCUAGUGUCUUCCCUCACCUACUAUGGUUCCUGAAUGCUGGUGGGCCCAAAAUUUCCAAAUGAACUGACUUCUAUUAUAACUAAUCCCUGGGGAAUAAUUUCUGCAUCUAAUGUGUUUCAGUCAUCAGGCAAUAUGCUGAACAUUGUUUCUGUAGUAUGUUUGUGGUAGUGGUUUCUAAUUUAAUAAUGUAAUGAGAUUUUUAGGGAGUGAAUAUGUGGCCAGAAGGGCUGAGGAGUAGAGUAGGAAUGAUAAUGCCCACUUUAGAGCUGGGGAAGCUGAGGCCCUAAGAAGGAAGUAUCUGUCUGUGAUGGAGCUGGACCAGGUCGAAGCUCCCUGGCUCUACGAAUUUCAGCCCCACAGUUUCAUCCUAAGAGGAGCUACCUUAAGGGACAAGAUCUUUUAGGAGCUACCCACAAUAUUUAGGAAACAUGCUCAGCAUCUGGAAGUAACAAUGUGGGUUUCACAAUGGUACUAUCAGAAAGGAAAAUGAUGUUAAGGUCACAAAUAUUUUGCCCUUUUAAUAAGAUAAAUUUCU